AUGAACUUUAGUUACACAGAGUCAGAGUUCCCAGAACAUGCGAAUAACAUGCAUCCUUUUGCUCAAGAUACACUUCGAAAUGAGAUUUGGGCGUAUUGCCUGCAAUUCGAGGACGACGUCGAAAUAGCCGUCACGGCCAAGAGAAUGAUGUCCUGCAAAGGUGGUCUGCAAAAUCCUGGUACAGAAGCACCAACAGCAUUAGCACCACAGCUGCUCCGGACCAACAAACAAAUCCGGAAGGAAGGCUGUGCAAUCAUGUGCAAACGCAACAAUUUCUCUAUCGUCUUGAAUCAAGCGAGCUAUUUGGGUUACUCCAGCAGAAUCCCACUCAGCAUAUCCGUGGCAGGGGGCGACCUCGCCUCCAUUCCGUCGAAAUGGACAUCUAAGAUUAGGCAUUAUGUGCACCAUAUGCGACAACUAACCCUGUAUGUUACCCUGAAUCCCGAACAUGAGACGUUUCAUACGCCGUCCAGGAUGCUACUAGAGGACAAGAAAUUGGAAGUUGCUGCUAUCGUUGGCACUGCUCUUGGAGAGCUAUGCGAAAUCCUAUCAUUCUCAAACAACUUGAAGAGCUUGAAAGUGAACUUCCUCGCUCUCGGCACAGAGCAAUUGACAACAGGCCACGAGCAUAAGGUCUUAGAAUGCUUAGGACAAUUGAAGGGACUGAAGCACAUUGAGAUUUGCGGGGUGCCAAAGGAUGCUAAGGACUAUCUUGAAAAUAUCAUGAGAUUGAGCAAGCGGUCUGAAAAAGAGCGGAAAGAAUUUCCUUCAUCGAGAGCUGGGUAUAGUUGGGGAUCUCCAUAUUAG